AUUCACUUUUCGAAAGAGACCAACAUAAAAGACGAAUAAUGAUAGAAAUCUUCUCAAGAGUCUGUGAAAUUAAAGACAGGACUAUUAAAAAAAAGUAUACUGAUAAAAGUGAUAUUGUUUUAGAGUUAUAUAGUGAAGACGAAAAGAAGAAAAUAAACUUUAGCUCCGGCAAUGACAUGGUUUCCGACAAAUGGAAUAAAAGUCUAGAUAAAGUAAUUGUCGUGACUGGGACUUUAGGCUCGGGGAAAACUUAUGUGCUAAAAGAGAUAAGCAAUUUCUAUGAAUCCCAGAAACAUCAAAAAGUUAUUACUCUUUGGCUAGACUGUAAGAAAAUAUCUACAAACGAGCCAAUCGAAGUUUCCAUAUUGAAACAAAAUUUUGAUAAUGAUAGAGACGUGACAAUAAAUGAUAUACAGAGCCUUCUAACUAAGCCUACGGAAGAGGGGAAAGUAAUACUUUUUGCAGAUGAUUACGGUUUUCAUGCAGAUGAAAAUCUCGAAAAGAUAUUCUCCCUGCACAAUCGACCUUAUUUCCUAAUUGCCUCCACCCCAGACUGGAAUAUCAUAAAACCUAAAAGUUAUUCAUUAUUUACGAUAACUGGCAUGAAACCUAUUGAAAAAAAUGUGACAUAUGGUAUUACCGAAUUAAGUAUCAGAGAUAAAACAAGUCAAGCAAGUGAUAUGACUCUGAAAACGAGCUAUUUACAUAUAAAGAAUAAAGAAAAUAAAGCUUCUAUUGGCACUCUGGCUAAUUAUACCCUAAAGGGUGCAAUUUCAAAUUAUACAAGUUUGAAUGAUAUAGACAAUGUCUUUCAAAUAUAUUCAGCAGCUGAGGAUGAAGUAAAGCGUAAGUUUGAAACUAAUGCCUACAAUAAAUUUUCUACUGAACUCGAAGAAAUAGCAUUCAACACAAUUUGGAAAACGAAAGUAAAAAAUUACUAUAGCGAUUACUCAAAAACCAUUUGUGAAAAGGGCGGAUCAACAAAAGAUUUAUUGUUAAGAUCGGGAUUUCUUGAAUACUUUAUAGCAAAACAUUUUGUUAGAUACUAUGCUAUUUAUAAAAGGUUACCAGACGAACAAAACAGUAAUCAUCCUGACUGGGAAAGAUGGAUGAGGAGAAGGAAAACAAUAUUUCAGUUUCUGAAAUAUAUGGAUAGUGAAAUGUACAUCAAAAUAUGCUUACAAAAUUUAGAAAUCUUUCAAACUUCAGAAAAUAUAACUGCAGAAGAUAUUCCAGAAGGUGAAGGUCAUCAGUUUAUUUAUUCAUACAAAAAAUUAGAUAGCCUAGAACUAGAAAUCAUUUUAAAAAUUCUGAAAAAAGUAAGAGAAAUCAUUUUUCAUUCAGUUGAUUUCUCGCUAGGAGAUUUGGCCAAAAUAAACAGAAAUAAUGAUUUUCAAGAUUUAUCCUUAUUGAAAAUUUCAUCAGGACAAGUUUUUGCAAAAGAUAUCAUUUUGGUUAUCAAUAGUUUCAACAAUCUGCAUACAUUUUACAUGGAAAAUAUGAAAAUUGAUGGAAAUUUUGGGAAUGAUUUAAAAAAUACUAAUUUAAAAAGUUUAUCAUUGGUGAAAUGCUUCAUAAACUUAAAAAGUGCCGACUUUUUCUCAAAUGCUCUCUUGAAGCUGAAGUUAAAAGAACUAAACCUAUCCAAAAAUAAACUUGACGUUGAGGAUAUGAAGAAUCUAUCAUACCAACUAGCUCAGCUCCCAACGCCGUGUAGCUUCCGAUUAAUACUUCAGAGUUGUUCAAUCGACAUAAAUUCCAUAGAACCCUUACUAAAAACUCAUAUUCUAACAAGCUUAGAAUCUUUAGAUCUAUCCAAUAAUCCUAUAAAAGAUGGUGGAUUACAUUUAUUGUUGAAGAAAAUUCCAAUAUCAAAGGCACAACUGCAACAACUAGUUUUACAGAAUUGUCAAUUCACGAAUAUUAGCAGACCUACUUUAAAAGACUUUUUAAAAUUUUGCCCAAAGCAUCUUGAUAUAACAAAUAACAAUAUUUCAGAAGAUGUUAGACAGAUAAUAUGGGAAAAGAAGAAAAAUGAUAACAAUUUGGAUAUUCUUCUUGACUUUCAUAAGUUUGACGAUUAUUUACUUGAUUUUGAAAAUACGAAUGGUAAUAGAUUAUUUAAUAUAAAAAACCGGGUCUUAUCAGUUGUAAAACUUGAUAAGCUUAAUAAAUGUAACGUUGAUUGGACAAUUGUGAAAAAUUUAAAUUUUUCUAAUACGGAACUUAGAACAGAGAAAGUGGAAAGAAUGACUUUUCUUUCGAAGUUAGAUCCUGAAGUGAUUAAUCUCAGUUUAAAUGCAAAUUUGAAACUUGAAGAUAUAGAGAUGAUAGGAAAAAUGAAAAAUUUGAAGAAAUUGGAUAUAGCUAUUAAUAACUUCGAUAACGAAUCUAUGACGAAAUUUUUGUCUGAAUUACAGCAUGUAAACUGUUUGAAAGAGUUGUUUAUCUUCGAUACUGGAAUAACUAGAUCAAUAUUUUUGGUGUUGCUCGAUUGUUUAACAAAUCUGUCUCAUCUUAAAGUUUUAAAUUCUCCGGAUGAUGGGAAACAUUCAUCAAAAUCCGAAUUUAAAGAUAUUAUCUUAUCCGAGUCGAUAAACGAAAUUUCUUUUAAUAAAUCCACACUAAAGAGAGUAGAAGCUUUAAUAGAAAAUGAGAUAAAGAGCAGAGUUUUAUAUCUCUCUAACCAAACGUCGUCGUUUAGAUAUCGUGCCAGUUAUAUUGAGUUUCUGGCAGAUCUAUCAAUUACUUUUGAUCAAUUGUAUAUUAAUAAUAUAGUUAUUGAUAUGAAAACAGCAGAUAGUCUUUGCAAGUUAAAAUUUCAUACAAGUUCAUGUAAACUGGAACUAUCAAAAGUACGAUUUAAAAUGUACAAUUAUAAGAUCUCUUUCCUUGUAAAGCUGAUUGAAAAUAUGGGAAAGUUAACAACUUUUAGAUUAAUAGAAACGGAUAUUCCUAAAAUAUUCAUGGAUGGAAUAUUUGAAGUAUGGAAGGAUAAAUCUUACUCUUCAUUACAAGAUUUAUGUAUACUUGAAAAAAAGGAUAAACAAUCCAGCAUAGAGUACAUUUCUAAUGUUAUCGAACAAAGUAGUAAAUUGCAAUGUAUACGAUUAUCUUCAGUUGUUGUUGACACAAAUAUUCUAACUGCCCUCAGUCGAAAGUUAAGACUUAGACAGAUAAUCUUUAGGAAUUGUUUCUUCCAGAAGGAUAUAGAAACAAACAUAUGGAAUUCAAUAUUUGAGAAUAAUAUAUUUCUACAUUCUUUUGACAUUGGGACAAGUCUUAUGAAUAAAGAACAAUGUUUAUCAAUUUUACAAUCGUUAAACAAAUAUACUCAUUCAUUAAACGUUAUCGGUUUUAGAGCAAUGUUAAAAUCUCGUGAAUGUGAAAAUGCAUUUUGGGAAGUUGUAAGGAAGAAUGAACAAUUAAAAAUGAUCGAUACAGCCAAAAAUGAUCUGAAAAAUCUUGAUUUUAAAUCAAAAUCUAUCGAAAAGUUAAUUUUGAGACAAAUAAAACAAAAAAGUGAAAUUUUGAACAUUAAAGAAUUCUGUUCUAAUUUUGAAAAACUUUCAAACUUGACAAUGCUUUCGUUCAGUGAAAAUGGAAAGAUAAAAGAUGAAGAAUGGCUCUCAAUUUUUGAAACUAUUACGAAGAAAUGCUUAUCGUUGAAAGAGUUGUUCCUCUACGAAAACAAACUACGGGACAGUGUUGCUAAGAGUUUAGUAGAAAAACUUCAAAGGCUAAAGAAACUUAAACUUUUAUCUAUUGGUAACAACGAGCUGAGCAACGUAACGGUACAAAAAAUGCUUCAGAUAAAUUCACUAACUAAAUUAGAAUUGAUAGAAGUAGGGCUUACACAAAUUUCUGGAGAACACAUUGAAAGAGCCUUAAGCAACUUAAAAUAUCUUAACAUAAAUAAGAACAAUAUAAAUAAUGAUUCAGCUUCGCAACUCCUUAAAUUUUUAAGAAAAAGCACUAAUCUAACUACAUUAUCUAUGGAUAAUAGUAAGCUAACAAAUGAGUUAGUAAUUGAUAUCGUCCAGUUUUUGGAAUACUCAAAAAAAUUGAAAUCAUUCUCAAUAAAAUCAAAUAACAUCAAUCGUUCAGAAGGAAGAAAAAUUUUAGAAAAUGUUGUAAAACAUUGCUCAGAUCUUGAAUAUCUUGGUUUGGAUUAUUGUGAUAUCGACAUGUGUUUGAUAAGUAAAAUUAAUGAAGAAAGGCCGUGUCUUCGUUAUCUUAAUCUGACGUAUAUCGAAUCUACGCUUAACUAUAAUAAUGAAGGGAAUCUACAAAUAUAUAAUACUAUGCAAACAAAAGAAGGGUUUAAGGAGGAUUAUUGUUGGGUUUAA